CAGAGUCAGUAGUCACUAGUCAGUCAGUCAGGUCUGGUCGCGAGUGUCAUGUGCUGGGGACAUUAACACAUUCAACACUAGGCUACUGUAAACAUUGGAAACAGAAUGAAAGGAGAUGCCGGGCUGCUGUGUGGUCUUGGACCUUGGAGGCCAUCCUGGUUACAGAAGUUCAACUCUUCCAAAGGCUUCCUGGUGGUGUACGGACUCCUGGGCACCAUCCAGGCCAUGUCCUACAUCUACUUCGUGGCCACUCUCACUACACUCGAGAAGAGGUUCAAGAUCUCCAGUAAAACCACAGGUCUGAUGAUGUCAGGUAAUGAGAUCAGUCAGGUGCUUCUGUCUCUCAUCCUCUCCUACUACGGAGGCCAGAGGAACCGUCCGCUGUGGAUCGCGUGGGGUGUCGCCUUCUCUGCAGCCUCCUGCUACAUCCUCGCUAUGCCUCACCUCCUCUACGGCCCAGGGGAGGACGCCCUAGCCCUCACCAAGGAGUACACCAACACAUUUAACUCAUCUUCAUCAUCUAAGGAUCAGGCAUCCCUGUGCGUGAGAGGGGAGGAAGGCGGAUCACAUUGUGAAUUACCCGUUGGUGGAGAGUUCUCAAAUAUCCCUGCACUGCUGGUAUUUUUCUCUCAAUUCGUUCUGGGAAUCGGAACAACGCUCUACUACGCUUUGGGACAAACCUACCUUGAUGACAACACCAAGAAGUCAAAAACUCCUUUGCUUUUAAGUCUCACAAUGUCCCUGAGAACGAUUGGACCAGCAAUUGGGUUCAUCGUAGGUUACGGAUGCCUCAGACUCUACAUAGCACCGACUCUAACUCCCAUCAUAACCAACAAAGAUCCUCGAUGGCUAGGAGCUUGGUGGCUGGGUUGGCUUAUCCUGGGAACUGCAAUGUUGCUGUUUUCAUUUCUCAUUGCAAUGUUCCCCAAGAAGAUGCCUCCAAGCAAGAGCAAAGUGGGAGUGAUUAAACCUGCAGACAUCACCUUAGAAACUGUCCGCAAGACAGAAAAAGAAGUAGAGUUCAAAAACGGAGUCUCCAGAGAGAAACUGGUGACUGAAGUGGAAAGCGAAGCACCUCCAACCUUGAAAGAGUUCCCAGCAGCACUCGCUAGAUUGCUGAGGAACAAGUUGCUGAUGGCCAACAUCCUGUCUGGAGUGUUCUACAUUCUGGGAGGCUCAGCCUACAUCACAUACAUCACUAAAUACAUGGAGAUUCAGUUCCACCAAUCGGCUGCCGGGGCCAGCUUCAUCAUAGGGCCAACAGCAAUUUUGUCGAUGACCUCAGGAUUCCUCAUAUCAGGAGCAGUGAUUUCAAAGUUUAAACCCAGACCCACGUACCUAUUAGGAUGGAAUGUACUUGUCGGCAUUUCCUUCGUCAUCGGAGAACUGUCCUUCAUCUUUCUCAGUUGUGAGGACAGCAGUAUGGUUGGCUUCAGGGGAGAGAACGAGCUGCCCCUGAUAAACGAGUGCAAUAACAACUGUGGCUGUAACAGUCUCAAGUUCAGUCCCGUGUGUCUAGAGCAGGCUCAGCUGAGUUUCUACACAGCGUGUCACGCAGGCUGUCAGCAAGCAGACUACUCAGCUUCACCCAUUACAUUCACCAACUGCUCCUGUAUCCCGGAUGACGUCUUGUCAUCAGUGUCUGCCAGAAAGGAUGAGAUUGUGCUCAAGACAGGAGCUUGUAGAACCAACUGCUACUACAACUUUGUCAUAUUCAUAGGCAUCACCAUGGUCAUGCACAGUCUCGGUAGUUCAGGGAAGAUUGGGAACGUUCUAGUCAAUUACAGAGCGGUGGCUGCAGUAGACAAGUCCUUCGCUCAAGGGCUCGGCCUGCUGAUGGUCAGUCUGUUCGCCUUCAUCCCAGGCCCAAUACUUUACGGAGCGAUGAUAGAUUCUACUUGUCUGGUUUGGGACGAGACUUGUGGCAGAAGAGGCAACUGUUGGCUCUACGACAAAUACAGGCUACGUUACUCACUAAACGUGACUUCAGCUUGUUUAACACUGAUUGGGGUCCUGUUUGAUGCGUUGGUGUGCUAUCUCGGUGGAGACCUGAAGCUGUACGAAGAUGAGGAAGAUUCAAACAAAAACUCAUUAAACUCAACAGUAAAUGGAAAGCAUGAAGUUUUACCACCCAAUGAUAAGCCUGAAAAGGCGUAACUGUGAUAUUUUUUUUUACUGUAUUUGUAUGAUUGUACCUGGACUUAAAAAAUGGAUUUGCCUUUACAUGUAGGUUUUACUACUUUUUAGAAGUUUGACAUUCAAGGCUAAAUAGCAAAAACUCUUUAUUGGGAUAUUAAAAUCACAAUAAAGGGUCAUAUCUAUCUAUCUAUCAUCUAUUUGUAGAUAAUUAACAAUUACCAAAAUUAAAAACUUGUUUUUAACAACCAUCUCGACACAUUCCAUGUACAAUAAUUUAACUGUUUUAAAAAUGUACUUAAGAUAACUGUGUUAACCUGUAAAUAAUUAUCUGUAAAUAUUUGUUGAUUUAUGUAGACUAGUAUUUAGCUGUAGUUCAA